GUUCUAACAGAAGAUCGUGCCUAAGGAUACUAGACUGCACUGGAAAUCUCAGUGCAAAAUAUUGGUUGAUGUAUUUAUUGAUUUUAACUUUUAAGUCAUGGCAUGAUUCUGGUCAUUGCCUGAAGUGAAAUACUGCAUUUAAACAUAAUUGUUAAGCUCCAGUAAGUUACUAGCUGGGAUAUGACAGUAGAUAAAGAGGUGGUCUGAUCUGUCAUAUCAGUACUCGACUACCAGAGAAAUGGAUUAUUAUAUUAGUCAUUGCUCUGAUAUGGCAGAAUGAGGUCUUCAUGGAUACCAAUGAUCUGUCCUCUGACUGAAACUCCUAGCAUUUACCUCUGAAGUCUACAUUUAGUCUUAAACUUUCAGCCUGUAACCAGGAGAGGGAGGGGACUUUCUGAAUAUUUACACAAUUAAUUCACAAGACUUGAUUAACUUUUAACUCUAUGUUCUUCCAAUUCAAUUACAGUUUGUUUUCUUGUUCCUUGACUCAACUCAUGGCAGACAGAGACUGGAGGAAUCAAACAGUUGUCACAGAAUUCAUCUUCCUGGGAUUUGGGGAUCUCCCUGACCUGAAAAUUCUUCUCUUCCUGAUGUUCCCAGUGAUCUACAUCGCAACCAUGAGUGGAAACAUCAUCAUCAUUGCUCUAGUUGUGGCUGAUCAGCACCUUCACACCCCCAUGUACUUCUUCCUGGGGAACUUGUCCUGCUUGGAGACCUGCUACACCUCAACCAUCCUGCCCCAAAUGCUGGCCAAUCUCCUGACUGGGGACAAAACCAUCUCAUUCAGUGGCUGCUUCACACAACUGUAUUUCUUUUGUGCUCUGGUGGCUACAGAAUGCUAUCUCCUAGCAGCAAUGUCUUAUGAUUGCUAUUUAGCGAUAUGUAAACCUCUGCACUAUUCAGCUCUUAUGAAUAGCAGGUUUUGCCUCCAGUUGGCUGCUGGGUCAUGGCUGAAUGGUUGUUUGGCUUCUGCCAUAUUUGUAUUAUUCAUGUCUCACUUAAUAUUCUGUGGCCCGAAUGAAAUUGACCAUUUCUAUUGUGAUCUCAUUCCAUUGAUAAAACUUUCCUGCAGUGACACACACCUGAUCGUAUUGCUAGAUUUCGUGCUGUCCUGUGUAUUCACACUGCCUCCAUUCCUACUAACACUGACAUCCUAUGUUUGUAUCCUCACCACCAUCCUGAGAAUCCCUUCCACCACAGGGAGGCAAAAGGCAUUUUCCACCUGCUCCUCUCAUCUCAUUGUGGUGACGAUUUACUAUGGGACCCUAAUGGUUGUCUACAUGCUACCGAAACGUGACACAUUAAGCUUCCUAAACAAAGUACUCUCUCUUUUCUAUAUAGUCCUGACUCCCCUGGUAAAUCCCCUCCUCUACAGCCUGAGAAACAGAGAGGUCAAGGAAGCCUUGAGCAAAGCAGUGAGUAAAUAUGUGGCUUUCACAAAAACAUGCAGAGACUCCUAGAUUAUAACUUUGCCUAAACCAGCCAGGCAGCUGUGAAAACCUCAGGCUACCA